AUGAUCGUGAUAUUAGAGAAUGUAUUUGAUCAAAGAGAAGGAUCAUUGGUAUUUAUUGAGGAAGAAGGAUUAGGAAGAGCAGCAGAUACACUUAUUACUGCAGAACAAGCAGCAGGAGGUAUUAGACAAGAUGCAGACGAAUUAAAGAAAAUAGAAAGUGUACUACCUACAUUCACUAGACCAGACCACUAUGCGGACCCUGAUGAUCGUCCUGGUUUCCCUAAGGGUUUUAUUCCUGAUGAGGAAGUCUCUGAGUACCGUAAAUUCUUUAGAUGGAAACAACAUCGUCUAUAUAAACACGACAAAGGACAACCAAUUCAUGGUGGUGUUAGGCGUGCCCCUCAGCCUAUUCCUUAA